UGCCCAUGAACGAAAAGGCGACGCAAAAAUUCUGAUAAAAGGUCAAUUUGUAGCAAUACCUUUGCAACAAUAGAGUAGAAAACAUGUCGUACAAAGACCGAAAACACCACAUAUACAGAUCACGUUCACGGUCAAGGGAGAACGAUCGCAGAAAAAGGCGUUACUCGGACAGUGAUGACGGCUCCGGAUCAUAUUCAAAAUAUCAUUCUGCAGACCGGUCCAGGUCAAGGUCACGUGAAAGAACAAAACAUAAGAAGCACAGGGAUAGGUCGAGAUCUAGAGAGCGAUACAGAGAAACCAGGUCAAGGUCAAAGGAAAGAGGUCAUAGAAGCAGGUCAAUACCUAAAGAGAGAAAGAGACGAUCUAGAUCAAGGGAUAAAAGUAAGAAAAAGAAAUCCAAGGCCAAGAAGAGAGAUCGCUCACGAGAUAGGGAGACAAAGAAGAGUAAUAGGAGUUACAGCUCUGAGAGUAGUGACUCAUCUGUUGACAUGAAGACAUUACAGAAGAUGUCUUUAGAGGAGAUUGAAAAGAUGAAGGAGGAAAGAAGGAAGCAGAGAGAGGCCCUGAAGGCUGUAGAAACACCAGAACAGAAGAGAGCCAGGCGUGUAGCAAAGAAACAAGCCAAGGAAAGAAAACACAAGGAACAGAUGGGUUGGGAUGAGGAAUACAUGGGUUACACUAAUACGGACAACCCAUUCGGUGAUGAACGUCUCCUGGACACAUUUGUUUGGCGGAGAAAAAUGGAAAAAGAAGGCAAGAAACAUCUAACAAAGUCUGACAUUCAGAAGGAACAGAAACAGAAGAUGGAAGAGAACAGUCGAGAACUAGAGAAGGUGAAAAAGAGACGACUUGAGCGAGAACGUGAGAUGGCCGAGAGAGAUAAGGAGAGGGAACUUAUCCAAAGAGAAAAGGAAGCUGAUUUCUUCAAGGAAUGGGAAAAACAAGAGGAUCAGUUUCAUUUACAACAAGCCAAACUUCGCUCUAAGAUCAGAAUUGACGAUGGCCGAGCUAAACCCAUUGAUCUCCUGGCCAAGUAUAUCACAGCUGAAGAUGAUGACUUUGCUGUGGAAAUGCAUGAGCCAUACACAUACCUGAAUGGUCUGACCAUGGAGGAUCUUGAGGAUCUAUUAGAAGACAUCAAAGUUUAUACAGAAAUGGAUGCUGAUAAAAACACUGAUUACUGGAAGGAUGUCACUGUGGUGGUCGAGGAUGAACUCUGCAAAUUAAGGAAACUGGACACUGCUACCAGAGACAUGGUGAUCCGAGAUCGGCGGGAGGGUAUCAAUGCAUCUGUCAUGGAUGAUGUGGCCAGUAUAUUCAAAGGGAAGACGCAUAACCAGCUGAUUCUGCUUCAACAGGAGGUGAAGAAGAAACUGAAGGGUGGCGAAGGAAUCGAUGUUGGUUACUGGGAGUCCCUACUCCAGCAGCUCCUGGCACACAUGGCCAGGACCAGGCUCAGAGAGAGACAUCAGGAUAAUCUUAGAACUAAACUAUUCAAACUCAAGCAAGAGCAAGGAAUUGAGGCCCCACCACUGUUUCCCAUUAUGAAGGAGGAGAGUGAUUCUGGUAGUGAGCGAGUGGCGUCAAGAAGGGGAACCCCAGUCCCCUCAGCACUAGCCUCCAUCAGUGUUGACUCUGGUAGUGAGAGAGUGGGAUCAAGAAAGAGCACCCCAGUCCCCUCAGCACUAGCCUCUACCAGUGGUGAUGAUGCUGUGCCAGGCACGAGUGCUGCAGGUGUAAGCGGAGAGGAAUUUAAAACUCCAACUGAGGUGGACACUGCUGAAACAGGGGAUGAAGAGGAGGAGGAUGAACUGGACGAGUCCAUCCUGACUGAAGAUGAUCUGAUGGAGGAACGUUACAAGGAAUACGAAGCUGGCAGCUACAGCCCAAAACUCAUCCGUCCGAUGGAUGUUGACAUUGACACGGUGGUAUACGACCCAGCAGACGAUAUGAAGAAGCUGGAGUACAUGAGGCAACAAGUUCUCAAGACUGGCAAGGUCAAGGCUGACCAAGAGAGUGAGUUUGUGAAGAGGGCUAGGGAAGGCAUGAAUGAUGAUGAGGCAACCUUCAGUGUCGAAUUCAAACUGGACCAGCAAUCAUUUUUGUGGACCGAUAAAUAUCGGCCACGAAAACCGAGAUUCUUCAACAGGGUGCACACGGGUUUCGAAUGGAACAAGUAUAACCAGACCCAUUAUGACAUUGACAACCCUCCACCAAAGAUCGUUCAAGGUUACAAGUUCAAUAUCUUCUACCCAGACUUGAUAGAUAAAGCUGUCACACCCGAGUAUACACUCACACCUAUUGAAGACAACAAAGACUUUGCUGUGCUCAAGUUCCAUGCCGGGCCACCAUAUGAGGAUAUUGCCUUCAAGAUCGUGAGUAGAGAAUGGGAGUAUUCGUACAAGCGAGGUUUCCGAUGUCAGUUCCAGAAUAACAUCUUCCAGCUGUGGUUUCACUUCAAGCGAUACAGAUAUAGGAGAUGAAGAGAGAUGUCUCAUUUUGUGGAAAAGGAACUCAAUGAUAAAUGUGUGCUUGUGCUGGUCCUUGUGAGAAGACAAUCUGUCUCUUUAACUCUAGAUUGUGAUUGUGCUCUGAAUCUACUCGAGUAAGAAGCAAGACAUUUGGCUCCUGAUAUCUUGGACUUUCAACAAUGAAUAUGUAUUUAGCCACAUGUUGCUCAAUUU